GCGAUGCUGACAAGGAGAGUAUUCCCUUGCUUGCGGGCCUCUAAGCAGGUCCGGCCACUUCAACGGGGCAGCAGGAAUGGUCGUCUGCAAAAACGACUCUCAAGUACUUAUUCGGCGUCCGCAACAACGCCAGGAUCAGGCCCUUCAUCUGCCUCGCAGCUAGCAGCCUUUACCGGCGAGCUGGACAAGCUGUCUCCUCGCUUUGAUGUCUCGGCCGACUCGAUAGAGAUCUUGCAAUCCCCUACCGAGUUCUACGAAACACUCAAGACGAAAAUCACAAGUGCCAAACGACGUGUGUAUCUUUCAACCCUAUAUAUUGGCAAAAGCGAGCAUGAAUUGAUCGACACCAUACGACAAGCGCUGAAGGAGAACCCAGAGCUCAAAGUCUCAUUAUUGACUGACUACCUUCGAGGUACUCGUGAAGCGCCCAAUCCAUCAUGUGCGAGCUUACUCGCCUCGCUGGUAGCAGAGUUUGGUCCUGAACGCGUGGAAGUCCGACUAUACCAUACGCCAAACUUGACUGGAGCCCGCAAGGCUAUUCUACCUAAGCGAAUCAACGAGGGAUGGGGACUGCAGCACAUGAAGUUGUACGGCAUUGAUGAUGAAAUCAUCAUGUCCGGCGCCAACCUCUCGGACGAUUACUUCACCAACAGACAGGACCGAUACCAUGUCUUCAAAUCACAAGCAAUCACGGACUACUUCUCGCAGCUUUUUCGCACCAUCUGCGAUUUGAGCUAUCGUGUGUCGCCAGCCGACACAGAGGCAGGCGGCUUCGCGGUGGAAUGGCCUCACGCUAAUGUGCAGCCGGAGCCUCUGAAAGAUCCGCAGGGCUACAUCAGAGCAGCAACUAGGCUUCUCCAGCCACUGGCCAGUCCGCCGACAGCGAAAGCGACCCCAUCAAACUCGGACACCAUUGUGUAUCCACUCGUACAGCUGACACCGCUUCUCAAACCGGACACCUCCACCGAGCUACCAGCUCUGACAGGAAUCCUUCGAACACUGGGCAAACCAGAAUUUGAAGGGUCGAAAUGGACAUUCACAUCAGGCUAUUUCAACAUGACGCCAGAGGUUCGCGAAUUAUUACUCAAAUCACGACCGCUGUCAGGCACAGUCGUGGCGGCGUCCCCAUGGGCAAAUGGCUUUUAUGGCAGUAAAGGCAUCAGCGGCAUGCUACCAGCAGCCUACAGUUUACUAGGGCGCCGCUUCUUAGACGCCGUAUCCAAAGCAGGUCUCAGCGAACAGAUCUCGGUCAAGGAAUGGCGAAAGGGCACGGUCAAUACACCCGGUGGCUGGACGUAUCACGCCAAGGGAAUCUGGGUAACGCUGCCUCGAGAGGAGAAUCCCAGCAUCAGUCUCAUCGGAAGCUCCAACUACACGAAACGCAGCUAUUCUCUCGACCUCGAGGCGAAUCUUCUCAUCGUGACGCGCAACUCUGAUCUGCAGCGUCGUCUGGGCGAAGAGCAGAAGUGGUUGCAAGAAUAUGCUUCCCCAAUGACACAGGACGAGUAUGCAAAGACGGAGCGCAGAGUGGGAUUACAUGUACGAUUAGCAAUGUGGAUUGUCACAUUAGUUGGAGGAGCGCUAUGAUGAGAUUCCAUCAAUGUACAAG